AUGAGCAAAUCCCUGGGACCCAAGCUCCAGGCGCUUUCUACAUAUGAAAAGGAGUGCCUCGCCAUACUCAUGGCCGUAGAUCGAUGGCGCCCAUACCUGCUCACUUCUUCCUUUGUGAUCCGCACGGACCACCGCAGCUUGGCGUGCCUGGACGAGCAGCGCUUGACCACCCCUUGGCAGCAAAAGGCGCUGACAAAACUGUUUGGCCUAAACUACACCAUCGAGUAG